GCUGAGCAUCCCCACACACUUCCCGUCUUCGGUGCGCGGAUGUGUGGUCACACGAGAAAUUUUCUCGCCAAUUACUCCCAAUGUGGAAAGCUUCAUGAAAGUGCGUCGGGAACUUGAUGGCAUCUCUCCGCCGCGGGAUGCACCUGAAGGCACCACAUGCACGCAAGCACAGGCGACACAUGUUGACCCCCUCCCACCGCGUGUUAUGAUAGUGAACCCCCGCGUGGAUUUAGUCCGGUGAUGGGGAGAAGAAUCCCAUGGAGCCUCGGAGCUGCUGUCUUCCUGCUGGCCGUCAUCAUGAGCUUUUGUCGGGCCAUUACUCUGGAGUCCAUCCUGUGGAGCAGCGCCAACACAAAAUUUACUCCGGGUCAAGGUCUGGUGCUCUAUCCUCAAAUAGGAGACAAGAUGGACAUUGUCUGCCCACGGGCGGACGCCUCCAAGGGGGAAAAGGAGGAGUUCUACCGAGUCUACCUCGUCCCCCGAAAUCAGAUGGAGAGCUGCUCCAUAGACAAGAAGAAUGCACCGCUGCUGAAUUGUGACAAACCGCACCGGGAUGUCAAGUUCACGUUCAAGUUUCAGGAGUUCAGCCCCAACCUGUGGGGGCUGGAGUUCCUCAAGGGGAAGGACUAUUACAUCACCUCCACAUCGACAGGCUCUCUGCAAAGUCUGGAUAACACUAACGGAGGGGUGUGCAGGACCAAAUCCAUGAAGCUGGUGCUGAGGGUCGGACAAAGUUCUUCGGACCCUCGAUCAACACUUCAGGAGUCCCCAACCAGAUUUCCCCCAACACAGUCGAAGCCUAAAGGAAAGGAUGUUGCAAAAGACAACGCUAUCAAGAACAGCACUGACGCAGGCUCAGAAGCAGGGCAGCUCAACCCCGGUGGCGGUGGCGGCUCGCAGCCAGGACUCUUGAUAUGGGUUGUCUCGGCCUGUGUGAUCCUCCUCCUUCUCAUCAUCAUCCUGUCGGUCGUGGUGUGGAAGUGCCAUCGCUGUGUCCCAGAUAGGCAGCAGUCUGCGUCUGUGUCCCUCAACACUUUAGCUGUGCCAAAGCGGGACAGCAUCAGCAGCGACAACAUCGGCUCGGACCGCAGCGAGGUUGUCUUUCCUCUGCAGGCCUCUGACAGUAGACUCUGUCGACAUUUUGAGCGUGUGAGCGGCGACUAUGGACCCCCUGUGUACAUAGUUAAGGAGAUUACACCUCAGAGUCCAACCAACAUUUACUACAAAGUCUAAUGGUGGCUGCUUGUGCUGCCAUUCCCUCCUCACUGAUAACAUCAGGAUGGAUGUGAGACCUGAGGACAAACUUGAAUAAUUUGCCUGUCGCAUCAUUUUUCUCGUCAAGAGACAAUCGGAGAGGCACAUCCCCGGCCCUCAAAUGGUUCUGAUUUGUAUUUAAAAAUGUUUUAAAUAUAUUUGUUGAACAUAGACAAGCAGUGCAUUUGUGGUCUCAACCCGUAUCUUCAGUAAGUGUGUAAGUCUGUGGACAGAUCUGAUCUUGCUUCCCAACAUUGCAUUGUAAAAAUACACCGUCAUGCUUUUUCUAGAACUUGGCAACAACUUUAACACAUUUUACAUUGAAUUUAUACAUUUCUAUCGUAGGGUUUUGUCUUUUUAUGGCCCCAAUUAUUAGUGCCAUGUAGUCAGGAGUGGUAGGGGAGGUAGAGCCUCGCCUGUCAUCAUGAAAAAAAAUGUUACUAUAAAAUAAAUAUUAAUAUUUGUCAAUUGAACCGUGUUAGAAUUGUAUUUUCUGUAAGAUUUCAACCAUUUAAAAAACAUUUUCUGAAGUAAAAAUUGCUGAUUUUGCACAUUUUCGAUUAAAUACCAGGCAGAAACGUGAGAUGAGGCUGCUCCUCUCGGCUUAAGUGCGCGAGCCGAGCCUGCUGUCUGAGUGCACUGAGUUGGGUGGCGGUUUCUGUUCCGACAAUAUAAUGUUUGCAGAAACAUUAAUUUUACACCAUGACUUUCUACAGCCCGUGUAAUGUGUUUCAUGUAAAUGUGACAUUAUUAUUUUUGCCAAUCGGACAAUAAAAUACCGUGAAGGGGCGGGGGCGUGCGUGAGGUGGAAAGUGCUUCUCACUGCUGUCCUUCUGCAGUGAGGAAAAGCCAUUACCAGCUUUUAAGAAAACUUUAUUAACAUACACAAACAGUAGUGACAGCUAGAGUCAGCAA